AUGGCGGAUGCAGCGGACACACUUCUCCUGUCGCUUGAGGUGGAGGCGGCAGCUGCCCGCAACGCCGAGCUGAGUCAAACGAUUGAGGUGCUGCAGGACGAGGUGCUGCGACUCCGGCGCGCGAACGCGUCGCUCCUCGCUUGCGAUGCACGACAUUGUCCGAAAGUGUCGCUACAAACGAUGGAGGAGUCUAGUGCGACGGCAGGCGUGUGCCGCGACGAGUCGUCUGCUGCUGCAGAUGCCCGAGAGGCGUUUGUCAUCCUGGACGAUUUGCUUUUCGAAAUGGCUGAUAUUCGCUCCCGAAUUAUCCCGGACGAGCGCGUGGACUUGACGCCCCGAGCCUUUGGCGCAGACACCACGGUGGCCGUCCACGCCACGCGGUGCCUUGAGGAAGCACGCAAGUUGAAAGAAGCCCUCGUUGUUAAGCAGUAUAGUACGGCGGUGCAGGUGUCAGAGCUUCGGCGCGCUCUCGGCGAGCAGGCCGAGGCCAACCAGAGGCAAACUGCCGCCUCUGCUUUGCAGUCCACCAUGCUGGAGCGCAAGUAUGCGGAGUUGAAGCGUAGGUACGACGAGGCAGUUUCGAGCCAGGGUAAGCUGUUGCUAGACCGUGUCAUUCAGUCCUCCCCACAACCAUCGCCGCCUGGGUGA